AUGUCUCAGAAGACCAGAAUCGUGAUUAUCGGCGCGUCGUAUGCUGGCAUUGGCCUGGCACAAGCGCUUCUCAAGGCAAUCACUAACAUCCAUGUUGUGAUCAUCAACCCCUCGGACAAGUUUUUCUUCAACAUCGCCUCGCCUCGGAUUCUGGCAAAAUCAACUUCCUUCAAGUCUGACCAGUAUCUUCUUCCCAUCGUGAAGGCGUUUGCCCACGCCCCAGCUGGUGCAUUUGAGUUUAUCCAAGGUCACGCAGUCGACAUCAAUCCUGAUUCCAAAACCGCGAACGUCUCCAACAAAGGCAACGUCGCCUUCGACUACCUCGUUAUUGCGUCUGGCAGUUCCACUGCAUCCUCGAUGGGUCAUGGAAGCACCUUAGCACCUUUCAAACCAACCGGAGAUAAAGAUCUGGAGGCAUCGAUUAAAGCUGCGCAACAUGAGAUCGCGCGUGCCAAAACUGUCGUCAUCGGAGGUGCUGGUGCUGUCGGUGUCGAAUUUGCUGGGGAGCUAGCAGAGGCCUUCAAAGGCCGCAAGAUAGACAUCGCGCUGGUUUCGUCAACAUGGCAUGUUCUGCCAGCACUCAAAAAGGCUGGUUCGGAGAGAGCCGAGGAGAUCCUGGCCCAGAAAGGUGUAAAAUUGGUACGGGGGCGCAAGGUUUUGAGAUCGACGCAAGAUCUAACCUCGAGGAAAUGGAAGAUAGACUUGGAUGACGGCCAAACCAUGGGGGCUGACGUAUACAUUUCGACGACCGGAGUAUUUCCUAACAACAAAUUCAUUCCCUCGCAGUAUUUGGACAGCAAGGGAUGGGUGUCCGUGGACAGCGAAAUGCGCGUUAAGGGGUCCACUGCCGUGUACGCGAUUGGAGACAUCACCAGCUAUUCGGCCCGUCUGAUGCUCAAAGUCCAGGAGCAGAUCCCGGUUGUUGCAUGCAACCUUAAGAAUGAUAUCUUGGGGCAAGGAAAGAGGAAGAGGUAUACCCCAGAUGAUAAAGUGAUGAUGAUUGUUCCUGUCGGGUCCUCUAAUGGAACUGGCCAGAUGUUUGGCAUGGUUCCAUGGGGAAAGAUGGUUGCUAUGAUCAAGGGAAAAGACUUCUUUGUCUCCAAGGCGAAAAAUAUGAUCGGGAUGAAAUAG